CCUCGUCUGCCACUUCCUGUCUAAUCGCCGGUUGCUGUCAGAUGAACUCUCAGGGUGAAUGCAUCGCAACAAUGCGGGUGCUGGUGACUGGAGGGUCUGGUUUGGUGGGGAAGGCCAUCCAGCAGGUGGUCAAAGAGGCGGGUGGAGCCAAGGACGGAGAAGAAUGGAUAUUUCUGUCCUCCAAAGAGGCAAACCUCAUGAACAUGACAGAGACGCGGGCGGUUUUUGAGAAACACCGGCCCACCCAUGUCAUCCACCUGGCUGCCAUGGUGGGAGGACUUUUUAAGAACAUGAAGCACAAUCUGGACUUUUGGAGAAACAACAUCUACAUAAACGAUAACGUGCUGCAGGCUGCACAUGAAGUGGGCGUGGUGAAGGUGGUUUCCUGUUUGUCUACCUGCAUCUUUCCCGAUAAGACAACGUAUCCAAUUGAUGAGACUAUGAUCCAUAACGGUCCACCUCAUGAGUCCAACUUCGGCUACGCAUAUGCAAAGAGGAUGAUUGACGUCCACAACAGGGCUUAUUUCCAGCAGCACGGACGCUGCUACACAGCUGUGAUUCCCACAAAUGUCUUUGGCCCUCAUGACAACUUCAGCAUAGAGGACGGCCAUGUGCUGCCGGGCCUCAUACACAAAGCCUACAUCGCUCAAAGAGGGGAAGCCCUUGGUGGUCUGGGGAUCCGGCACUCCCAGACGGCAUACGACAUCAGUAAAGCAGAUGGUCAGUUUAAGAAAACAGCCAGCAAUGCAAAGCUACGCCGCUAUCUACCGGACUUCAAAUUCACACCAUUCCAGCAGGCUUUAAAAGAAACCUGCAACUGGUUUGUUGGCAACUAUGACACCGCCCGGAAGUGAAACCUCUGCUGGCCCUCGUGUGUCUGCUCACUUCCUGUUUCUGUGAUGGUCUGAGAGGGCCGGAGGAGGUCGUAGUGGCUCCUAUCUGAGGGCUGAUCAUGAAUGGUGUCAGUCUGGUCCUCGCUGAGACUCAGUAAGCUGGGCUGUGUGCGGCUAACCCCCCACCUAUUUGUACUCAAAGGAAAAUGGUUGUAGCUGCAGGCAGUGCAGUGUACCACCUCCAUGUUUUUUUACAUUUUUUUCUGUAACUGCUCCCAGGAUAGUUACUGAUGGGUAUUGGAAACGGAUUUGCCUUAUUUAAUGCACAGCUUAUACAUGUCCUGUUUUUGUUUAUGAAUGACACUUGUGGAAAUAAAAUGUUACAACAUUAUAGGCUAAGACUUUGAAAGAAUUAGUCCAGUGCAAUAAGACAGUUUUAUGACAUAUCUGAAAACCUCACACGUUCAGUGUGCUAUCCCUGGUUCUGAGCAUGUCAAACAGAUGUUAUUGCAACCUCUGUGUCAAUACCAUUUGAACCACAGAGGUUAGAUCUGAUUGCAGCAAUUGAUUUCGAGACAAUUCUUCUUUCAUUUGUCCCAUAUCUACAAUGUCCUGUUCUGGACAUAGCCUAAAAGAUGGGCCUCCUUCACCAAGUUACAUCAACAUUUAAUUUCACUUUGGGAUCAAGUAUUUUAGAUUAAUUUUUG